AUGGAUCGGGCGGCCGGUGAUGAUGAUGUAGAAAGUAAUGCUUUGCUUCCACGGAAGGGCAGCGCCAUCGAGAAUAGGCCAUCUCGGGUAAGGAGUGUUACAGCUUUUGCUGGGGUAGAAGGAAAAGGUAGAGGGGAUGCUAGUGUUAAUGCAUAUGCAAAUGGUGCUCAUAGUAGCACAAAUAUUAAUGAUAACAAAGCUAGUGCUAAUAGUAAAGAUGAAGUUAAAGCUGAAGCCGAAGCUAAAGCUAAGGCUGAAGCCGAAGCUAAAGUUGAAGCUGAAGCUAAAGCUAAAGCUGAAGCUAAAUCUAAGGCUGAAGCCGAAGCUAAAUCUCAUGCUGAAGUUGAAGCUAAAGCUAAGGCUGAAGCUAAAGCUGAGGCUGAAACUGAAGCUAAAGCCGAAGCUGAAGCUAAAGCUGAAGCCGAAGCUAAAGCUAAAGCUGAAGCCGAAGCAAAAGCUGGUGCUGAAGCUAAAGCUAAAGCUAAAGCUGAAGCCGAAGGAAAAGCUGAAGCUAAAGCAAAAGCUAAUGCUGAAGCUGAAGCUAAAGCUGGAAUAGGAGGACAUGGAAAGGCAAGUGGAAAUAGUGGUGAAAGCAGUAGCAACAAUGUUAACGGCAAAGUUAGUGCUUCUAGUGAGGCUGAAGCCAAAGCUGAAGUUAAUGCUCAAGCUAAAAGUAAAAUAGAAGGACAAGGAAAGGCUAGUGGAAAUGGUGGUGUAAGUGGUAGCAAUAGUGUUGAUGGUGGGGCUGAAGGGUAUAGUGGAGGUGGUGGUGGUGGUCACAUGCAUUUUGGUGGCGGUGGUGGUGGUCACAUGCGUUUUGCUAGUGGUGGUGGUGGAAGUGGUAGCAGUAGUGUUGAUGGUGGGGCUAAAAAGCAUGGUGGAGAAAGUGGUGGUGGUCACAUGCAGUUUGGUGGUGGUGGUGGAAAUGGUAGCAAUACUGUUGAUGGUGGGGCUAAAGGGCAUGGUGGAGGCGGUGGUGGUGGUCAUAUGCAUUUUGCUGGUGGCGGCGGUUUUAAAUUUGGUUUUGGAGGAAAAGUAGAAGGGCGAGGAGGGUUAGGUGGAAGCCACUAA